UUUUUUUUUUGUUCUAAUGGCACCUAUUGAUAGUUAUGCUCAUUAUUUGAUAGCAAGACAAGCAGUGCAAGAUCAAGCAACCAAUGCAUUAACACCAACAGAAGAUCAAAAAAUCAUUCUUAUUAUUAUAGGUGUCUAUAUUGCUGCUAUUCUAGUCUUAUGGAAUAUGCCCAUUGCCAAGAUCAUCCUUUCUCCAUUCAAGUUGUUGACAGUAGGUUUACACGAAUUUUCUCAUGCUAUUGUUGGUUGUAUGACUUGUGCAAAAAUUGAAUCUAUUGAAAUUGAUCCAGAUGAAGGUGGGGUAACAAGAAUGAGAGGUGGUAUACCAAUGUGUACCUUACCAGCAGGUUAUCUUGGAUCUUCAGCCAUUGGCGCUAUUUUGGUCAUGUGUAGUUUCAACAUUCUGGCAUCUAAAAUUGCAUCCAUCUUUUUGGGUGUCUGUCUAUUAUUUACAUUAUGGUGGGCAAAGAAUUGGUUGACGCGUGGUAUUGGAUUUGCUUUUAUUGCUAUCAUGGUCUUUUUAUGGUGGUUAGCUCAUGGGGUUGGAUUACGUUAUUUUGUUCUUUUCAUUGGUGUUAUGUCAAGUCUUUAUUGUUUAUGGGAUAUCUUGGACGAUUUGGUAUUUAGAAAAGCAUUCGAAUCUGAUGCCUCAAAAUUCGCAAAAUUAUGUGGAUCAUGCAUGUCAAGUCGUGUUUGGGGUGUAUUAUGGUUUUGUAUUAGUUUGAUCUUCUUUAUUGCUGGUAUCCUGAUUGGUUUAGCUGCCUUUAAAGAGGAUAUGCAAACUCAACAACAACAAGCAGCAGGAUUUGGCUGGUAGACUCUCUUCCUCUUUCUUUUGAUAUCUUUCUUUA